CGUUGCGUGACACACAUGGAGCGCGCACCGCACAGCUAGCCUGCGUGAAGUGAGCCGAGCGCCGGCCGUCGGUUUCCUUCUCCAACACCGGGCAUGGCGGACCAGCUCAUCUCCACGGCUGAGCACGACAAGCUGCCGGGGAGCUACGUCCGGCCGGAGACGCAGCGCCCGCGUCUCCACGAGGUCGUCACCGACGCCGACAUCCCCGUCGUCGACCUCGCCAGCUCCGACGGCGCCGCAGUCGUCGCCCAGAUCGGCGCGGCAUGCCGCUCCCACGGCUUCUUCCAGGUGCUGAACCACGGGAUACCCGUGGAGCUGAUGCUGGCGGUGAUAGAGGUAGCUCAAGACUUCUUCCGGCUGCCGGCGGAGGAGAAGGCCAAGCUCUACUCCGACGACACGGCCAAGAAGAUACGGCUGUCAACGAGCUUCAACGUGCGCAAGGAGACCGUGCACAACUGGCGCGACUACCUCCGCCUGCACUGCCACCCGCUGGAGCAGUACGUUUCUGACUGGCCGGCCAAUCCACCCUCCUUCAGGGAGAUCAUGAGCACAUACUGUAGCGAAGUCCGGGAGCUCGGUUUCAGGCUCUACGCGGCGAUCUCCGAGAGCCUGGGCCUGGAGGAAGAUUACAUCAAGAAGGUGCUCGGCGAGCAGGAGCAGCACAUGGCGGUGAACUUCUACCCCAAGUGCCCGGCGCCGGACCUCACGUACGGGCUCCCAGCGCACACGGACCCGAACGCUCUCACCAUCCUGCUCAUGGACCAGCAGGUGGCCGGGCUGCAGGUCCUCAAGGAAGGCAGAUGGAUCGCGGUGAACCCACUACCCAACGCGCUGGUGAUCAAUAUUGGGGACCAGCUGCAGAUUGAACCUAACCCAAAGCUCCCACCUCCUUCCUAACCCACCCAGACCAAACCGCUUCCCACCCGACCGCACAUGUCAUCCCGUACGCAACCCACUCGCAUAAGAGCAGUAUGAGUGCCCAACAUGGCUCCUCCCAUUCUGAAUCACGCCAACUUACUUCCUCUUGCUUCCUCCCGAUGCCGCACCGGACCGCUCCUGACCCCUGACAACGCUCCCCCGCGUAUGCCCCGCUGCAACACCGGACCGCUCCGACCUCCGAUCACGCUCCCAAACCGCUACCCCAAGCACGACUCCAAGUCCACGCUGCUACCGAUCCCUAAUUUGCCACCAUUGCGGCAAAAUUGAUCCCGCCGACCAUUGAUUUGUGAUUCAUACCCCGAGAUCUCUGUGCCAAACCUGCCGCACCGCCUCCAGGACGCCAUGCUGCUCGAGCCCGACUGGGUUCAGUAUUCCUAUCCGGGCUACUGAAAGACUACUAAAUGUGCAAAUGUGUAUUGCUUGAGAAAUUUGAGAUGACUUAAAACAGUAAAAGUCUAGAUAUGUGUUAUUGAAUGCUAUAAAUUUGAGAUGACUUGGAACUGCAAAAGUCUCAAUACGAGUCUGAGUUACUUAAUGCUAAAAGAGAGUACUACUAAAAAAAAAUUAAGAUGACAUCGAUGGAAGCUACCAAACACCUGAGGAGUGGGGAAGAGCUUAGAGAGGAUGCUCGUCGAUAAUAAUGGUGGAGAUCCCAGGAAGAUCGAGAAAUAGCUACUAAGUCAGACAUUAACUAGACUACCGAAACUUUACCAAUGAUGCAGUAAAAUUUGAGCCAUAGCUUUAGUAAAAAAGUGCUAUGAUUGGGAACUAUUGAUAAGAAGGAUGCACUAAUGAAUCUCCAACUUAUAGCUUCUAAAUCGUGGCAAUUUGAGAAAUUGUCAGUAGUCAAUAGAUUCCGUAAAUUACAUGCAGGUCGUUGGGAAAUGACAGGGGGUGAGUCGACGUUUUUAUAAAAAAUCGUCUUCUUUUACCGUUGUCUAAAUUUGCAGCGAAAAAUAAACUAACGAAUUUUUUACAAAUAAAAAUAUUAAAUAUAUUAGGCUUAACUAGUGCAUAAUCAUCUUAAAUAAAUGUGAAGAUUACAAUCCUAGAUGACCUCCUCUAGAGGUUCCUAUAUCUUCGUUGAGGAGCUUGAUCACACUUGAGUUGGGUCUCUUUCAACUGUUUUUCUCGUCAAGCUCUAUCACACUUGAGCUUGUAUUUCACUCUUGAUUUCUUCCCUGUCGGAGACAAAAUCGAAAUAUUUAUAAACUUCUCAUGGCACACCACAACCUUAAGUGCUUGUUGACGACGCCUAGCCGUCUAAGAGCUCUAAGCUCCAAGAGUAACAAAUGCUUCACGAACUUCUCGCCGAUGAACUCAAGGGCUCAAGAAUAAAGUUUACUCACUUGCACUCAAUAUUUUAAUCUCUCAACUCAACUCAUUUUUCUUGUCAAAUCAUACACUAGACGUCGGUAAAAAAUGUGUGUAAUGGCUAGUUUUUGGGGGUUGAAUAUUAUACCCUCUCACCCUCAUUCUUUGUUGCUGCUGCUUUGGCACGGAAGAAAAUUAUUUUAGAACACACCUUUUUGGCACUAGAAUACGUAACUGAGAGCCCUAGCCGAUGUACAACUCGGAGGGUUCGAAACCUAGAGUCUCCGGGUCAACCUGGAGUAUCCGGGUGAAAUACUUAGACCCUAACAGACCACUCGGCUCGAAACCUCACCCGGAGUAUCCGGGUUAGCCCGAAUUAUCCGAGUUCAGCACGGCUGGCCCUCUGAAAAAUGGUGAUAACUUUUAGUCCCAAAAUCCAAUUUCAACGAUUUUGGAUUCUAUGGAAAACUUAUUCAGAUGCUACACAUCCCAAUUGAAUUUAUGACCUCAAACACAUUAGAUCAAACUAGGAACACUCUGAAAUCAAAUUCGGACACUUUCAUAAUUUUCGCACCAGGCUUCUUAAGCUAAUUCUCACUUUUGGUUGGUUAGAAAACUCUUGAGCACUGAGACACAAUAAAUAGCUCACAUUGCAUCCCUCUUAACAGUGUUGCAUACAUAUACUCAAUUUCAAAGGUAAAACACGUUUGAAUCACAUUGAGCCUUUGAAUACCUUCAAAUAUCGCUUCUUUCCUUCAAACUUAGAGGGUUGUCAACUUUUAUAUCAUCGUCACUCCAUCUCUUCUUGAUUCUUCAUGUGAUUGAUAUGAAUCACCGGUAGCUUCACAUGAUCUCGCACGGCAUAGGCGCAAAGCCUUUACUCACUCUUUACCACCGCUUUGGUCUUUCAACGUCAAACCAUUUGCUUAUCCUUAGCCACCGAAUGGUCCAUGGCAGCCAAGUCUUGCUUGUCUUUCAUUAUUUUGUCAUAGAAAACCACUUUGUAUUCGAUAUCUUUAAUAAAUUUACUUUAUCAUAUAUGCAGUCUAAUCUUGUUCUUUACUCUUAGCAUAUAAAAUAUCUCAACUCAUGCCUUCUUAUGGAUCCUAACCCUAACUCACUCUCAAACACAAAGCACAUAAGUUAGUCCAUAAAACUCAAUUGAUAACUUUAUAAAACUCAAUUGACAACUUUAUACCUUCAGUUACUUGAUCUCCACAAAUAAUUUAUUAGUCUUCAUGCAUAUUGUUAAUCUUAUUGAGCUUCUCCUUCUCCUCAUGAGCAUCACCUAGCAUCACUAAGAGCUCAUUCAUCUUGAUGCAUUUUCAAUUUCCACAUUUACCUAGAGCUCAUGCAUAUCUCCCUUCCAUGCAUCACUUAUAAAACAACAUACUAACAAUUUUUAACAAUGUUGUUAGUCCAUAGGUAUUAUAAUUAAUUACCAAAACCAUACAAAAGGACUAUAUACACUUUUAGGUUGGUUGACUAAGUAGUAUGUUUUGAUUGCUUCAGCAACCACGUGAAAAUCAUGGGUAGUAUGUUCUCUCCCUUUCUUCACACAAUCACACUUAUCCCUAUGAUUCCUGACCUCCUAUGAGCCUCAACAAAAAUGGUCACUAGAAGUGAACUAGUAGCACAUGCUAAGCCAAAUUUUUCGAUCAGCUGCAACAUCCAUGCUUUGUGUUGGACCAACAUCAACGAGCUUCACCCACACAUGGCAAAAUGAUGAUGUUGGGCACACCACCGUUGGUCAAAGGAGGGGGGGGGGGGUGUCCAGAGCUCCGCUCAGUGACAACAAGCUUGCAAAUGCUGUCGUGAUGGUCGUCCCACUGAUUCCUUCCUGGAUGUUGGCUUGCUCCGGUUCCCACCCAGAUUCCAUUCCUCCACCGAUGUUGGAUCCUCGCUAAGUGCACAACCUCCUCGAUACACUACCUGGUAGGGGCAUGGGGUUGCCGGAGCAAGCCGCGACCGGGAAGGGGCAUGAGAUCACUAGAGAUGGGAUCCGGGUCGCCGGAGGAAGCCACGCUCGGGAAGGGGCGCUCGGGAAGGACAGUGACGUCUCUAAAAAAGGGAUCGGUGUUGGGUUGGGUAAUAUUCUACACCAUAUGUGUAAUAUAGUGUGUGUGCGUGCGUACGUACGUCUAUAUAUAUAUAUAUAUAUAUAUAUAUAUAUAUAUAUAGACACACGCACUCCUGGGAGUAUAUAAUCUUAGCUCGAUCCAUAGUUGAUCCUAUUAUAACGGAAGUAUAUAUUACUUUCUGAGAUGGUAUAUUUUCUAAGAUGCAUAUACUUCUUUAUAAGUGAAUAUAUUUUUUAAAAGUAUAUACCACUUUUUAAGAUGUACAUACUCUUUUUCAAACACCUAAUUAGGGAGGACGUAUGUACAACAAAGAGUACAGAAAAUACUUCCUAAAAUCUAACGAGGAUCCAUUGUAGUGUUGUUAUGUGUACAGGAUCACUUGAGAUUUUGUAGCGAAGUAAUAUUGACGAUGAAUAAAUAAUUAUAUAUUAUAUAUUUAAUAGAAAUACAAUAUAUACUUAGAAUGGUUAUCCACUAUACACAUGUCUUUAAUCUGAUACGGUAGGUUUCACAACUGUUAUAGGGUAAAUAAGACAUACGCUGAUAUUUUAGUCAGUUUAUCAUAUUCUAUAUAGAAGCGAUCCCCAAAUUAGGGAAGAGUCUUACAGAUAUUCGGAAGACAUAAAUAUUGAAAGAUUACAUUCAGAGACUACAAGUAUGUUACAUCUCCUUGAUCCGACUAUUUAUAGAGGGAAAAGGGUACAUCCAAAGGGGGCGAUGGAAUUCCAGAUGAGAUAAUCAGUUUCCAAGCAAGAAACUGGACAAGCAAUACAGAGCAAGCCUAGUCGGGUAGUAGCAGAAACAACCCAUUGAGAUCUACAACAGAGUCAUACCAUGACGAGAUUCAUUUGACAAGGGGUUUAGAAUUUAGAACACAAGAGAACUUGUCGAGAUCCUCAGGAUUAGAUUUAGACACAUCCUCAUUGUAAGUAUAUUUUCCUAAGAUUAAUACAAGCGAAACAUGAUAUAUGACUAUUAUCCUAAGAGAGACCUGGUCUAUAUAAAAUCAUGUAUCCUCCUCUUCAAAACACACAAUUGAUGACCAGGUAAUCCUACGUUAAAUAAGUAUUUGCAUAAUCGAUUUUACCAAUCAUCGACAACUGACAUCGUCCGUGGGGAUAUGAUAAGACAGAGUCUUUAUCAACUAAGCGCAUCAAGUCUCCGGUGAUGGGUUAUUCCGAUGAUGGGUUCUGCGACAAUUUUGGACCCGACAUCUAUAUGAAGCCCGAUGAGGUGAUGUCUCUCGAUCUCUGAUAGCGAAUUUCGAUCGACAAAUCCUAUGGUUUGCUAGUCAAGAUUAUCACUCACAUGAUCACAUAUGGGUUGUGGGUCCGAAAACCCGACUGUGAUUGUGGCCUCAACUUUCGGUAGCUCUUGUUAUCGAGUAAUCAUCAAUAUAAAGAAGGAGAUUCUGGAGGACGAACCUCGCUUCUCAGAAUUUGACGCAUCUACAGAAAAUAAAAACAUGGACGAUUAUGGCAUUAAUGCGAUCUCUAAUGGCCAUCCAGAGGAUCAUCCGGAUGUUAGCCCUAGGAAUGAGUCUUACCAUAAAAAAGCGGCGAUGGUGCUUCAUGAGGAUAAUUGAGUCCACCUCUUCAGCACACAUCCCAGGCGAAAAUCAACCAUCGCAUGAGUCAACAUAUGUCACCUCGUCGUUUAGUAUUCUGUUCGUUGGGUCGACAAGGCAACAACUAACAAUUUGCCUCUGGUACUGCUCGGUACCUGCAAGGUGCGAGAACUCUGAUCUUUAAUGUGAGGAGGAUUAGGAACUCUAGAAGAGGUGCGGUGGAUGAAGAUAUUGUUGGGAUUAUUACAGAUGCACAACAACGAGUAGAAGGCUUGAGCUCUGCAAGAUCUACCUCUCAAAUAGGUAGCACAUGUUGAAAUAGUUCCAACCCAGUUUCCUCUAGUCGAAUGAGAGAAGCUAGACUAGCCUAUGAGAAGAUGCAUGUCUGUGAUUAACAGGAAUGUCAUGCAACCCUCCCCCCCCCCCCCCACAAAUUGUUCUAAUAUAGAUAUACACUACAAGAUCAAUGAACUUCGUAACAGAGCGGGAAAUAGAGGUAGUCUCUAAGAAGAACUAGACCAAGUUCUAGGAAUUAUGCUAAUGCAAUUCCCGAGGUCAUGGUUAUGACUCCAACUAUCGGAGAGGCACUCUAUGGUUAUCGGCUAUCGAGCUUUCACACCCGAUCUCCAAGCAGUACGAUGGCCACAAAUAACAUGGCAAAAUACAAAGGACUGAUGAUCGGUCUCUGAGUAGUUGUCUCGCUUGGAAUUCAUCAACUUCUUUUGAAGGGAUAUUCACAGUUAGUCAUGAAUUAGGUCAAAAAAGAAUAUAAGUGUUCCAACUCGACCAUGGUUGCAUACCUUUUCGGAGGUUAGGAAGCUUGAGCGGCAUUUCAUCGUACUAGAGGUACAAUACAUCCCGAGAAGGGAUAAAGUCCUAGUCGAUAGGCCGACAAGGUUAGCUUCCACAUGAUCUCCAGUACCUUCUGGGGAUUUUAUGGGAAAACUCUCGAUGUAUUCUAUAUCGUAAAUAGUCGAGACACGGGAGGGAGUAGUUAUCUCUGAUAAGGACAUAUCACUCGAGGUAUCGCAAAUAAUCGAUAAUUGACCCGAGAUGUCGCAAAUCACUACCAUCUCAUCCGGAGUAACGCAAAGCGUCGUUGCACAAUUCAAGUACUAAGAAACGUGUAUGAAUACCAUCAUGAUUGAGUUCUACCUGAUGAUGAUGUCGAAUCAGAAAUAAUCCCCAAAAGGCUAGAAUGUAUAUUCUAGUCGAUGGAGUCCUCUGUCGAAGAGGAGCCAAUGGAGUUUUGAUGAAGUGCAUCUAUGAGACGCGGGAUAAGAGAUUAUUCGAUGAAGUCCAUGGGAGGUUGUGUAGCUUAUGCUUCCUUUAGAACUCUGGUCGAAAAGGCUUUUAAGAUAAUGUUUCUAUUAUCAUACAACCCUCUAUGAUACGGGAGAAUUGGUCAAAAAAUAUAAACAAUGUCAAUUUCAUAGCCAACAGAUUCACUGAUCUGCUCAAGCACUACAAACAAUUCUUUUAUCUUA